AUGGCAAACACACCAGUAACAGAACCAAAGAGACGAUUCUCAGUCGUCGUGAUUGGAGGAGGGAUAGGCGGCCUGGCAGCAGCCAUAGGCCUCAGACUCUCCGGACAACAGGUCACAGUCGUAGAACAGAGAGCGAAAUACUUAGGCGAAACUGGCAGCGUCAGACAAGGCCUGAACCAGACCGCCAACUCGAAGAUCUGUCUCUAUGCUUUGGGUCUCGAGGAAGCCUUUCACAAGAUCGCAGACUCGAGCUACGAUGUCAAGGUGAAGCGGUACUCAGAUGGACAAACGAUCAAUGCGAUCACCAAGAAGAGGAGCUUUUCAAUGGUCCAUCGAGAGGAUUUGCUUCGGAUUCUCUAUCAACGUGCUGUCGAAGUUGGGGUCGAGAUUAUCACGGGCGAGACUUUCGAAUCGCUAGAGGACACGACGCAGCAGGUCAACAUACAGUUUCGCGGCGGUAGAACGUUGCAAGCAGACCUAGUCGUUGGAGCUGAUGGCAUCCACUCCAAAGUCCGCAAAUUCAUCCCUUCAGCAAGGAACGCCAACGCCCAACCUACCGGCGACUGCUGCUUCCUGGUCGACGUCCCCAAAUCCAUCAUGGACAAAAGCCCCAGUACCGCAGCCCUCUACAAGUCUGGCGAGGAUCCCUUCCAUUUCACCGUCGGCCCCGGACGAUGCAUCGUCUCCUGGACCAUAACCACCCGCGAGCUCUACCACCUCCAACUCUGCGACUUCCAGUACGGAGACGGCAAAGCGUACGGUCUUUCCGAGAAGGAUGAAUCGCCUUUCGUGAGCACCUUCACAAACAUGCCCGCGUUCCGCGAGCGAUGGUCGGAUUUCGACGAAGCCAUCAGAACGCUCUUAAACGAGACGAAUGUCUGCACCAAGUGGCGAAUCGCCGAAACACCCUUAUCUAUGCCCUGGUGGAGCCCCACCAACCGCAUCGUCCUCAUUGGCGACGCAGCACACACCUUCGAGCCCUUCGCGGGUCAAGGCGCUGCCAUGGCCAUCGAAGACGCCACGGUCCUCUCUCGACUGAUCGCCCGCGCAUCUCGAGAUCCCUCCAUAAGCCUCAACGACAUCUUAACGGCGUAUGAGACGAUACGACGACCACGAGUCAACGGCAUCCGACAGAUCGUCAAAGCGAAUGUCGCGAUUUUUAGCUUGGCGGAUGGGGAGAAGCAGGCGGAGCGGGAUCGAAAUAUUGGGAAGAAGGGGUUUUCGAUGGUGAAUGAUGAAGUUGCAGGAAGGAAGGGCCCGUAUCGGGGGAAUGCGAAGUGGAGUACGGAGCAGAGUUAUGCGUUUACAGAGGGAUAUGAUGCGAUUAAGGAGGCGGAUGGGUAUCAGUUCGGAAGGCAAGGGGGAGGGAUGAGGGAGAGUCAUAUAUAG